AUGAGCGAACACGGUGACUUCGUCUUCUACCACUACACACCCAAUCUCUUCGCGGCGGUCCUCUUCACACUUCUUUUCGGAGCCUCGACAGGAUACCACGCAUUUCAACUCGUCCGUACACGAACAUGGUCCUUCAUUCCACUUCUUAUCGGAGGAAUAUUCCAGAUAAUGGGUUACAUAGGUCGAAUUCUCUCGCAUUAUGACACAGAAUCUCUCGGGCCGUACAUCAUGCAAACACUUCUCCUCCUCGUAGCGCCCGCUCUUUUUGCCGCCUCAAUCUACAUGAUUCUUGGCCGCCUCAUUGCCCUCCUUGACGGAGAGAAACACUCCCUUAUCAGGCUCAGAUGGCUCACAAAGAUCUUUGUUGCCGGUGACAUUUUCAGUUUCACACUGCAGGCUGGUGGUGGUGGAAUGAUGGCCCAAGGCGCCGAUGGCAUGAAAAAUGGCGAGAGACUGGUUCUCGUCGGUCUCUUCGUCCAAAUCAUCUUUUUUGGUUUCUUCUUCCUUGCCAGUGUCGUGUUCCAUCGCCGGAUCAACCGGAACCCGACCGGCGUCUCGCUAUCCCUCGCCAAUUCAGCAUUUAGCUUCAAGACCAGCUGGAUAGGGCUUCUGUAUGCUCUGUAUGCCUCUUCAGUGGCGAUCCUAAUCAGGAGCAUCUUUAGAACCAUUGAGUAUAUCCAGGGUAACUCGGGAUAUCUGCUGAAGAAUGAGAUUUGGUUGUACUUGUUUGACGCAGUACUGAUGCUGGCGGUUAUGGUCAUCUUUAACUGGGUUUAUCCGGCUGCUGUUUUGCAAGAGAGAAGGCCAGUGAGGUCUCGUGAGGGCUACGAGUGCGAGGAUAACUCAACGGAGAUGGCAUAG